AUGAGUAUAGCUGCAGGUCUGAUACCAGUGACGCAAAAAGCGUCCAAUGUAUGCGCAUACUGCCGAGUCAGGAAACAGAGGUGUGACCGCACUCUGCCACAUUGCCAAAGAUGUGCUGUAAAAGAACGACACUGCGACUACACGCCAUUCAAGGAACCUAUUCGCCAGGGACAUGACGAUGUCACGCCACUGGUGCAGCACUUUGAUGCCUGUCUCCAUGCAGAUUUGACCCUCGGCGGGGUCAGUGAGCUGCUUCAUGCAGUUACGGCAUGGAUCACAUCUGGCGGUACAUCCGGCGCGGCAGCCAAACUCUCCAAAGUCGUAUACGAAAUCCUCGACCUAGCCGAUGUAGACCUGGUACUAGCACUAGACGAGUUCGGUACCUGCAUACAGCAGUGGUGUCCCGUAUUCCCCACGUCCUAUCUCUAUGGCGAGGUAGAAGACCUGUCGCAGCAAUCCCAACACAAAGACAGACUACGCCAUCCUUUACUCUUGCUAUGUCUCUGGCUCAUCACCCGUCGGACCUGCGUACAACAAGCCCACACCACGCAACCCCAUAUCUACCUAGCCCUCAAACAAAUCCUCGCCCUCCUCCACUCAAGCAACCAAAUCAGCCUCCAAAUCCUGCAAAUAUCUCUCCUACUAGCAAUCUACGAAACCGGCCAUGGCCAAUCCCACGCCGCAUACCUCACCCUCUCCACCAGCCUCUCCCUCUACAACCUCCUCCUCCUCUCCCCCACCCCAAUCCCAGACUGGCUCACCUCCAGCAUCCUCUUCCUCUCCACAACUCUCUCCACAACCCACCUCACCCCCGGUUUCCCCCUAGCCCUGUCCUCGUCCUCCCCCCUAGUCACCACCCUCGCUUCCUCCCUUGCACCCACCAUUCCCUUACCCCCACCCACCCCCGACGCCACCAGCCCCCGCAAAACGCACAUCCGCAGCGCCACAGCCGUAGCAGCGAGUCAUGUUCUCUCCUACACCCACGCACUGACGCACACUUUACCCUUACCGUCCACCUACGCAUCCGCCGACCAGAAAAUCAACACUCUCAUUACUCUUCUGAUAGAUAAACCUCAACCACACACCUGGCUCCACUGCGACGCCAUCGCCCUAGCCUUCUGCUCCCACCUCCUCUUGCAGCUUUCCCAAGCACAAUUCUCGACGCUGCAGGGAGAGGAAGCCGAAAAGGUUAAAGUUGCACUAAGCGUCUCGAGGCGUAUGGCCUGGGAUAUGGUCCAAGUGGGGAUACGCGUGGUAGGUUGCGAAGAGGAGAUUGCGAGAUUGCCGUUUGCGGGGUUGGGAUGCGUGGUUAGGGCUGGGGUUGCGGUGCUGGAGACACGGGGGUGGGUGGAUGAUGGGGCGGAUGGCGUGGUUGGGGAGGAGGAAGGGAGGAGGUUUCGGAGGUUGGUGGAGUGGGUUUCGGGGCGGUGGGGGGUUGCGGGGGGGUAUUUGGCGAGGGUGGAUGAGGUGCUGGGUAGGGGGGUGUAA